UACGGGGCAGAGGUGCUGUGGCUGGCCCUGCCCUGCCCCAGCCUCUCCCGGGGCUGCAGCCAUUGCUCGUGUGUGCAGGUCUGGGUCCUGCGUCUGUGCCUUUGAACACACCCAUAUCUACCUUCCCUAAAGUGAAGGGGCUUCAUGCAGUGGUCCCCACUAACAUCCUGCCCAGAGUGGUCUGCAUGCCCUCACUUCCUGGGCCAGAUUUUUCUGCGCUGGAGGCCACAUUGGGGCUGAGGGGAUGGGGGAAUGACGGGUGUGCCAGCUCACCACUCAAGCGGCUGCGAAGCCACCAGCCUCCCUGGAGUGGGCAGGGAUACCUGGUCCAAGACUGGAGUUGGGGGGAGGGCGUGAAGACGGAGAACGACCACAUCAACCUGAAGGUGGCUGGGCAGGACGGCUCCGUGGUGCAGUUCAAGAUCAAGAGGCACACGCCGCUGAGCAAGCUGAUGAAGGCCUACUGCGCGAGGCAGGGCUUGUCAAUGAGACAGAUUAGAUUCAGGUUUGACGGGCAGCCAAUUAAUGAAACCGACACUCCAGCACAGCUGGAGAUGGAGGACGAGGACACCAUCGAUGUGUUCCAGCAACAGACAGGAGGUGCGCCGGAGAGCAGCCUGGCGGGGCAUGGUUUCUAGAGGGCCGUCCCCAGCCUGGGCCGUCCGUGCUUGCAUUGCUGUUGAAUGGCGACCAUGCCGACCACAAAGUCGUCUGUGGAAACUCGAGGACGUUCACCACAGUGAUUUUCCUCCUUGAUGUACUUCCAAGUGCAACUCAAAACUAUCUGCAGGGAUGAAUCUGUAACUUAAAUUGGGCCAAUCAGAAUUGUUAUCUUUGUUCAGGUAAAAUGAGUUGCAAGG